GGAGCUGGGUGAGGCGGAGCUGACUGCGGCGCCUACGAGCCGGUCUGGGCGGCUCCAGUGUUUUGGGGCCUGGGAACUGUGGGAGGAGCCGGCGGCCUCACCUUGGUAACCACAUCGCUGCCCCGGCUCGGUCUUGCAGGCCUCCGCGCUGUCAUCGCCUUUGGGGGCCCGGGGACUUUGGCCACCGUUUCCGGAAGUAGCUCUGCAGGCCUCUUUGAGGCACCCCCAUCCUCCCCACGCCGCCGCCGCCGCCGCCACCAUGCAGGGGGAGGACGCCAGAUACCUCAAAAGGAAAGUUAAAGGAGGAAAUAUUGAUGUACAUCCAUCAGAAAAAGCACUCAUUGUUCAAUAUGAAGUGGAAGCUACCAUUCUUGGAGAAAUGGGGGAUCCCAUGUUGGGAGAACGAAAAGAAUGCCAAAAAAUCAUUCGUCUUAAGAGUCUCAAUGCCAACACAGAUAUAACUUCCCUGGCACGGAAGGUGGUUGAAGAAUGUAAACUCAUUCAUCCCUCAAAACUAAAUGAGGUAGAGCAGCUGUUGUACUAUCUCCAGAACCGCCGAGAUUCCUUGUCAGGAAAGGAAAAAAAAGAAAAAACAAGCAAACCUAAAGAUCCACCUCCUUUUGAAGGAAUGGAGAUUGAUGAAGUUGCUAACAUUAAUGAUAUGGAUGAAUACAUUGAGUUAUUGUAUGAAGAUAUACCUGACAAGGUUCGGGGUUCUGCUUUGAUCCUGCAACUUGCUCGAAAUCCUGAUAACUUGGAAGAACUACUAUUAAAUGAAACUGCCCUUGGUGCAUUAGCAAGAGUCCUGAGAGAAGACUGGAAGCAAAGUGUUGAGUUAGCCACAAAUAUAAUUUACAUCUUUUUCUGUUUUUCCAGCUUUUCUCAGUUUCAUGGACUUAUCACUCACUAUAAAAUUGGAGCUUUGUGUAUGAAUAUCAUUGAUCAUGAAUUAAAAAGACAUGAGCUUUGGCAAGAAGAACUUUCUAAGAAGAAGAAAGCUGUUGAUGAAGACCCUGAAAACCAAACUUUGAGAAAAGAGUAUGAAAAAACCUUUAAAAAAUACCAGGGGCUUGUGGUAAAACAGGAACAGCUCUUACGAGUUGCUCUUUAUUUGCUUCUGAAUCUUGCUGAGGAUACGCGCACAGAACUGAAGAUGAGGAAUAAGAACAUAGUUCACAUGUUGGUGAAGGCUCUUGAUCGGGACAAUUUUGAGCUGCUUAUUCUAGUUGUGUCAUUCUUGAAGAAACUCAGCAUUUUUAUGGAGAACAAAAAUGAUAUGGUGGAAAUGGAUAUUGUUGAAAAACUGGUAAAAAUGGUACCUUGUGAGCAUGAAGACCUGCUGAAUAUCACCCUCCGACUUCUAUUAAACUUGUCCUUUGACACAGGACUGAGAAAUAAGAUGGUACAAGUUGGACUGCUUCCCAAACUCACUGCACUCCUAGGCAAUGAAAACUACAAACAGAUAGCAAUGUGUGUACUUUACCACAUAAGCAUGGACGACCGCUUUAAAUCAAUGUUCGCAUACACUGACUGUAUACCACAGUUAAUGAAGAUGCUCUUUGAAUGUUCAGAUGAACGAAUUGACUUGGAACUGAUUUCUUUCUGCAUUAAUCUUGCUGCUAAUAAAAGAAAUGUACAGCUUAUCUGUGAAGGAAAUGGGCUAAAGAUGCUCAUGAAGAGGGCUCUGAAAUUCAAGGACCCACUGCUAAUGAAAAUGAUUAGGAACAUUUCUCAGCACGAUGGACCAACUAAAAACUUAUUUAUUGAUUAUGUUGGGGAUCUUGCAGCCCAGAUCUCUAAUGAUGAAGAGGAGGAGUUUGUGAUUGAGUGUUUGGGAACACUUGCAAACUUGACCAUUCCAGACUUAGACUGGGAAUUGGUGCUGAAGGAGUACAAGCUGGUUCCAUACCUCAAGGAUAAACUAAAACCAGGUACUGCAGAAGAUGACCUCGUUUUGGAAGUAGUGAUAAUGAUUGGAACUGUGUCUAUGGAUGACUCUUGUGCUGCAUUGCUAGCCAAGUCUGGGAUAAUCCCUGCACUCAUUGAACUGCUGAAUGCUCAACAAGAAGAUGAUGAAUUUGUGUGCCAGAUAAUUUAUGUCUUCUAUCAGAUGGUUUUCCACCAAGCCACGAGAGAUGUCAUAAUUAAAGAAACACAGGCUCCAGCAUAUCUUAUAGAUCUGAUGCAUGAUAAAAAUAAUGAAAUCCGAAAGGUCUGUGAUAAUACAUUAGAUAUUAUAGCGGAAUAUGAUGAAGAAUGGGCUAAGAAAAUUCAGAGUGAAAAGUUCCGCUGGCAUAACUCUCAGUGGCUGGAAAUGGUAGAGAGUCGUCAGAUGGAUGAGAGUGAGCAAUAUUUGUAUGGUGAUGAUCGAAUUGAGCCUUACAUCCAUGAAGGAGAUAUUCUUGAAAGACCUGACCUUUUCUACAGCUCAGAUGGGCUAAUUGCCUCUGAAGGAGCCAUAAGUCCAGAUUUCUUCAAUGAUUAUCACCUUCAAAAUGGAGAUGUGGUUGGGCAGCAUUCAUUUCCUGGCAGCACUUUUCAUCCAAGGAUUUCAAAGUGCUUUACAAACAUGCGCUAAUUAAACCUCCCAAACAGCCAGAGCCUUGGAAUGGAUGGCUUUGGCCAGCCCAUUGGCAUUCUUGGACGCCCAGCCACAGCGUAUGGAUUCCGCCCUGAUGAACCUUACUACUAUGGCUACGGAUCUCGAUAAAGUCGUCCCUUUCCAUAUGUGCUCUUAGCUUAGAAGAAACCUGUGUGGGUUGGGUUGACUUGGAAUAUUGAGCUAAUAAUGCAUGUUGAUGCUAUUGCAGGUCUGUGCUUGUUUUUAUUGUUUCAUGUUGUUAGCUGCAGGUUAACUGCAACCCUAUGUCCCCUGUUAAGUAGAGUGAAUGCUUGACACUGUUCAUCAUCGAGCCAUAUCUUGAUGCUGGAUAACAUUUCCCUUGAGACUCAGAAGUGGAUGCUGAAAAGCAACUAGACUGGAAAACAAACACUACAUUAUGUACAUUAAGUGACUAAUUUAAUUUCUAUUAAAAAGAAACAUAAAGUACAAAUGAAUUAGAGAAA